GAGGGGAGUUCACAGACAUCAGGAUGGGGCAAUUCAGGUUGUUGAAUGGGUCUGGACUGUGUUGACUCGCUUCUCUCUGGAUGUUGUGGACGAGCUGGUGGACAGCUGACCGAUUCUAGCUGUCAACAGCAGAGCUGUGGAGGUGUUCUCAGCUGCCGGCUCUACCUCGGAACUUAUCCACUGACAUCUGGCAACUUUCUUUUUUUUUUGUUUGUUUUUUUUGUAUGGAGCAGUCGGGAUCGUGCUAAACACUUUUAUUUUGUGCUGAUUCACGCUUGAAUACCAAAGGCUGGAGGUUUGAUCCUUGUCAAUGUAUAUAGCACUUACCUCAACUCCACCAGAAAUGAAUGCCAACAGUAUGCCUAAACAAGUGGAGGUGAGGAUGCACGAGAGCCACCUGGAGCCCAUUGAGGCCAGGCCUCAGUCCAAAUGUGCCCAAAUCUGGUCCAAAAUGUUUAAGAACCUUCUGCUCACACUCACCGUACUCGGUGUGAUCUUGGGGGCAGUAGCAGGGAUGUUGCUUCGUGUUGCCUCCCCAAUACAUCCCGACAUUGUCAUGGUGAUUGCAUUUCCUGGAGAUAUCCUGAUGAGGAUGCUGAAGAUGUUGAUCCUGCCGCUUAUCAUCUCCAGUUUAAUCACAGGUCUGGCUGGAUUAGACGCCAAAUCUAGCGGUCGCCUCGGCACCAGAGCAAUGAUCUACUACAUGACCACCACCAUUAUUGCUGCUGUCCUGGGAGUCAUCUUGGUGUUAGUCAUCCACCCCGGCAACCCCAAACUGAAGGAGAAUCUGGGCGAGGGCGAGAAAAAUGAUGACGUGUCCAGCUUGGAUGCUGCCUUUGAUCUGAUCAGGAACCUGUUCCCAGAAAACCUGGUGCAGGCUUGUUUCCAACAGAUCCAGACGGUCACGAAGAAGGUGGAGGUGGUCGUCACGGAGUCGAUCAAUGCUACUACCGUGGAUGGACUGGUGGCCAACAUCACCAAGGAGCCUCAGUUCAUCGUCAAAAAGUCCCUGCAGUUCAAAAGUGGCAUGAAUGUCCUGGGUCUGAUUGGUUUCUUUAUUGCAUUUGGCAUCUGCAUGGGCAAGAUGGGAGAGAGGGCCAGACUCAUGCUUGAAUUCUUCAACAUCCUCAAUGAGAUUGUGAUGAAACUUGUCAUCAUGAUCAUGUGGUACUCUCCCUUUGGUAUUGCCUGUCUGAUCUGUGGUAAGAUCAUUUCCAUCAAGGAUCUGGAGGUAGUUGGCAGGCAGUUGGGCAUGUACAUGGUGACUGUAAUUAUUGGCCUCAUCAUUCAUGGAGUGAUCUUCCUGCCCAGCAUCUACUUUGUUAUCGUCAGGAAAAACCCCUUCACCUUCUUCCUGGGAAUCUUCCAGGCCUGGAUCACUGCGCUGGGCACAGCCUCCAGUGCUGGUACACUGCCUGUCACCUUCCGUUGUCUGGAGGAAAACCUGGGCAUUGACAAAAGAGUCACUCGUUUCGUGCUCCCUGUCGGUGCCACCAUCAACAUGGAUGGGACUGCUCUGUAUGAGGCUGUGGCUGCCAUCUUCAUUGCCCAAAUGAAUGGCAUCCACCUUGACAUGGGUCAGAUUGUCACUGUCAGUCUUACAGCCACUCUGGCCAGUGUAGGAGCAGCCAGUAUUCCCAGUGCUGGCCUGGUGACCAUGCUGUUGAUCCUGACUGCUGUUGGCCUGCCAACGCAAGACAUCAGUCUGCUGGUCGCUGUCGACUGGCUACUGGAUCGAUUCAGGACCUCGGUGAACGUGGUGGGUGACUCCUACGGUGCAGGCAUCGUGUUCCACUUGUCCAAGGCAGAGCUGGAGGAGCUGGACGCGCACGCGGCCAAGUCCGACGACAUUGAAAUGAUGACAAAGAACCAGUCUUACUACGACGACAUGAAGAACCACCACGAAAACAAUUCCAACCAGUGCGUCUUAACCGAAUCCGCUUCCGCAACUGCAACCGCUAGCACUACCGCUAACAAUUCUGUCGUAGUAGAUGAAUGCAAGGUAACCUCGGCCACUAACGGCUCUGCUGCGGAGUGUGCGAUUGUUGAGGAGGAACCAUGGAAACAUGAAUAAUGGCAGCACAGAGAUCCCCUGCUCCUGGGCUCCACAAGCUUUCCUACCUGGUGAUAAAAAAAAAAAAAAGAGCGAAUGAAAAAAAGUCACAUGAACAGAACUACUAAUUUUUUUAUGUAGUUUAGUUUUCUUUUUUUAUUAGUCCCUUUAAAGGUUUUUGUAACUGUCUAUCUGACUGAUAUAUAAUACUUAUUCACUUAACCGUGGAAUUAUAACAAAGGUAUACUUUGCCUGUUAGAGCACAACUAUAUCCUUUAUAGCAGAUACUUGCACAACAUUCUUCAAGGCUUGGGAAGGGUUAGAAGAGGAAAAAAAAUAUAUAUAGAUGGAUAAGCUUUUCUCAGCAAUACAUCCUAUUGUUAUCGUAUAAGAUGAAGAAUUAGUGGCUGUAUUAGAUGGGAUGCCUUGAAAUUAUCGUCCAGUAUUCAUUCAAGUGAUUCAUUGUCGCAAUGCCAGAGGAUGAGAGUUGAUUUGACAGUUAGAGCAUUAAUAAUGACACUCUUUACUGAACUUUGUCGGUGGGUCAGAUUCAACCUGAGAGCCACUGCGUUCUCAUUUUCAACACUAGUCUCAUCGCUUAACUCUCAGAGCUGCUGAAGUCCGUCUGAUGGCAUGUGUGUUUCGGCCCAGUAUCACUGACAACUCCUGAGGGCAGGAGUUACAUUAUCAGGCGUGAAAAACCAUGAGGAGGCUCUGAUUUGACUUAUACAAGCACAGACACUAUAUGGAAUUACAAAGCACAAAUAACAUGGAGCACAUGUUUUUUUAAACCCCACUUUUGUUUCUUCCUCUUUUUGACUACUGCAAACAAAAGGGACUUUUUUUUUUAUUUAAGUCACCCGAUGAGUGAGAUACAAGCUGUGUGUGUGCAUGCGUGCGUGCGUGUGUGUGUGUGGUAGAGAGACAUGACCAAGUCAAAUAUAGGGACCAAACAGGCAGAGAAUCAAUCAACUCACAGGGGCCUUUGAACUGCCUCCAUGACGCAACACAUCCAUUCCAUUUUCCCUUACGUUAACGUCCAUGUAAAACCAGCUGACACAACAGCUGAUGUAUUCGCUCUCUAUUCGCCAAAGCCUCAAAAUUGAAAGCACAGGAAAGCACUGCCCUAAAUACUAAAGUUAACACAGCACAUUAUCAUUGUGCAAAAGAAAAAGAAAAACCCUUGUGAUGCCAGUGAAAUUAAACUUAAAUUAGCAUCUGCGGGAUUAUCACGAGCACACAAUAAUAAAUAACUGACAUAUCUGAAUAAAACCAAGCACAAAGAAUCAUUUUGUAUAAAGCACAAAAAGUGGUGGAGCACAAAUGAAGCCAAAAUGCCAAUACGGACAAUUAGACGUCAUUGAUGGUGAUUAAAGUCAUGCACAUAAUUGUUCCAUGUCAAUGUGAAAAAAAAACAAAAACCCAACAAGAUCGUUUUAAAACCACAAUAAGGGAGAAAGCAAAAGAUACUCAGGCUUGUAGGUUUACUCUUUUACAGGGAAUUUGGGGCGUAAUCCUAAAAUGUUUACUCGCUCACUACUUGAGCUUUUCACCUCAUGAACACAGGCCUCUGAACUGCACACGUUUGGAAAGCUUAGAAUAAGUGUAUAAUAUGACGAUGUAAUGACAGGAAGGGAAGAUCCCCCAGCACAUACUGUAAAAAACACACACACACUCACACACACACAUUUCACAGCACAUUCACGGGGAGUGAAUUACUGACAGCACAGACACUGUUAAUGUUAUGUGUUUUUUUUUGAGUAUAAAAUGUGAAAUUUAUUGUAGAAGUAGCACACUUUCACUUCACCGAUAUCACACGUUCAGGGAGGGGUGCCACGCUCACAUCCAGACAAACCUAAAACCAGAUAAAACCCAAUAUGAUGUGGUUUCGGCCACUAGAGCUCACGACUGUUUCUACAAACCCUAGAUGCUGCAGCAGUGGGACAAGAAACACACACACACACACACACAUAUAUAUAUGCCAGAAUGUUGUCAGCUGUCAGGAUAUGAACAUGUUUGUGUGGAUUCAUGGCUGUUCAUCUUUUUUAGCGUAUGUGAGUGGGAGGUGAGACUCCUGUGACGUCGGUGAGGCGUUAGAUUUUUUCUUUGUCUUUAUGUUUCCUUUUCAUUCGUGCCAAACGGCAACCUCGCCUUGAAGAUGUUCACUUCAGACACACAAACACACGCCACUUCGAGUUAACACCUUAACAAAAAAAAACAACAACAACCUUGUCCUUUAGUGUCAUUCAUUGUGCGGCUCUCCAGCCGCAGAGUGUGCAGAGUGUGCUCCAGUACAACGCGGGGCGUCUGCUGUGCUCACUGCACAGACAGGUGAAUACCGUACACAAACACUAAAUUAAAGACUCUACAUGUAGAAUUGUAACCACUUACACCUGCAGUCAGAAAGAAAAAAAAAGGAACAAAAAAAACAAACCUCUCCAUUAAGGACCAUAGUGUCAACAAUAAGGAUUGAGUGUUGGACCGCUGUUGCGUUCAAACUCGCAGUUUUAGAAGCAUGAAUAAAAUAAUGAUUAUUUUUUUGCACCACUAUCUUGAAAGCAUGAUAUUUUGAAGUGCCUCCUUGCACUUUGUGUAUAUAUUGUAGGUAACAAGACUGUUUUUUCCCCCUUUUUUUUGUUUUCUCUUUGGGGUGGGCGGGGAUGUUGAAAUGGUAUGUAGGAAUAUAGUUUCAUUACUGUGACAUUUUCAAUGUAAUCCUCUAGUAAAAAAAGAAAGAAAGAAAGAUCAUCCGUGUCCUGAGUAAAACUAGAUUAGAUGGAAUGUAUAGGGAGGAAACUGUGUAAUAAAUUGCUUGUUCUUUUUUUUUUUAUUAUUAUUCUCUAAUAGCUGUUAACUAGUCGUUUUACUUACCUGUCACACACCAAUAUAUACAUUUUUUUUUUGUAUCUAAUGUAAGCGUUUUGAAUGUUUGUUCCAUGAAGAUAUAAGCGGUGUUGCGUUCAUUUUCAUUGUACCUAAAUAAAAUGUGUAAUUGUUCUGUUCAGUGGCGACGCAGAAUUUUCCAGAGUUACAGUAUAAUGCUGACGUAAUCACUGCUUGCAUGACGAAGAGAGGGAUGAAUGAAGGAGGCGGAUUGAGGGUGAGGAAGAAGAGAGAAUAAGAGAGGAAGAAAGAAGGGAGGGAGGUUUCUGCUUUGACAGAGGAGGCCAACAUGACUUAUUUUGUGUGGGAUUUACUGCGAUAAAGGGUGAUGAACGCGGUCAAAUUUGCCCAGGACGUAGAACAGAGUGAGGACUCAGACAUAAAUGACUGUAGAAGUUGAUCUGGAGUGAAAGAGCCUGUUCCAGUUUAAAGCAACACUCCUCAGGUGACUCAUCUGAACCAUUUUGUCUUUUAAAAUGUGACUUUAGUCUCAGGCGUCAUUCUGUUAAACCCACUGCAUGUGCAAUUAAAGCUGCGAGACUCAGACAUACAUGAGAACUCUCCACAUGCCACGUUAUCCCUUAAUGAGACGCUCAGCGGUCGAAUCCCACGCGACAGACUGUCUUUACUACUCAUGCUUUUUUUUGUUCGCUUUCCAUACAGAAACUAUAUGCACACACAAAUGCCUGGAAACGGAGUUACUGAGUUCAGUUGUACUAUACUGAUUCAACAGAUAUCGACUGACACCGUAUUCAAACGACUGAAUAAGAGUCGCCAUAUCUUUUCUACUGAAAAUGUGUCUCUUUUGGAGAAACUCCCUAAAUACACCUUGUUUCACUCCUGCCGACAACAUGCUGUCCCAAUCUUACUUUUCUAGGCCUUCCUUCUUUGUAGAGUUGUUGUAAUUCUGAUGUAAAGGCAGAUCGUAUGUGUGGGAGAGAUAUACUACAUAGAAACAAAAAGACAAAAAAAAAACAAAUGAAUUAUUUCCUCGGUCUAUGGUAUACACAAAAAAAAUCUGUUUCUACAUAUCAAGUGUUGUACCUUUGGUGUACAUAUACAAAUAUAACUAAUAAAUGUUGAUUCAUAACUAA